UCUCAUUCAAUUCCCAUCCUGAAAUUGGAGAUCCUUUGGAAUUAUGGAAGACGAGUCUAUCCAAAACGCAUCGUUCGUAUGGAUUGCGAAACGAUGGUACAGUUGAUUAUGUAACAGCUAUUUAUGCAAGAAGAUGUUUCGCUUAAGCUCAAGGCACACCAGCGUUCGUUGCCCGGAUGGGUGUGCCUUGGGCUGUGUCCAUGACAGAGUCGCCAUGUAAUGGGGCAUGCGGUCGACACCAGCUGUGUAGGUUGAGAUUAAUUGGGCGUCGACAGAAUGCGGCCCGGCAUCAUCAUCAUCAUCAUCAUCUUGAAAGACAAAUUUGCAGCAGCGGCAGCAGCGGCAGGCAGAUCGAUUUUGAGACUAGACAGUUCUGUUCUUGUGGUACAGCACGGAAGGCCCAUCCUCCUGCAUUACUAACUUUGCUCGAUCCUCCUCUUCUGACCCGGCAGCCCAGUAUAGAAUUGGUUUGCUUCUUGUGUGUGCAGUGGUCUACAUGAAGAAGUAAAAUCCAGAAAGCGAAAAGAUCUCUCCAGAUUCUGGAGUCUGGAUUUACAGGUUGCCAGAGAUCGUCACAUCUUGAGAGGCCAUAUACACUUCAGAGCACACUUCGAACUUUCGAGUUUAGAGAUGAGUGCAUCAAAAGCUAAGUCCUGGUAUCACUCCUCAUUCAUGACCUCCUCUCACCGACAUCUUACAUCAGAUCAAGGGGCUCUUGGCCUUGAUCUGAUGCCAUAUAUGCCAGAGGUGUGGCACGAGUGCGCCGUUGAGCACCUUUCAGAAUCCUCAUAUUGAAUUCUAUUUGACCCCAUGAACAAGAAGCACCUUACAGCUAUUCGGUUGUCUUUCAUUCCAGCACAGUAGAGUGACAUCAAUCACCAGACGCUGGAUCCGGCAUCAGGAAGGCAAAAUAGUAUUCGAAGAAAGAAAUCCGAGAUUGGAUUGGUUUUAUGGUACAGUAAGAUUAUAUAUAUAAUGUAUAAUGCGUUGUGGAGGCGAUUAACAGGUACAGUCGUCUUUCCCCAUCGUGGCGUUAUCCUUCUUCAUUCGAUGGGAACCCUCACAGCAUAAUGGACAUUUGUAUCGUGAUCCUGCUCCUGAUAUCGCGCACAAUGUGCACAAGUUACGUCAAGCUCGAAUGGUGCACAGUUCUUGUCUUUUACUAAUAGUAAAAGGCAAGCCGUCCAGCAAGAAUGUGCUCUCGCUCAAUGCGGAAGAUUGUACG